CUGCCCGAAUCCACCGCGGACGGAGCACCACGCUUCUCAUUCACUAAAAACUUCACAGACAAGUCCCUUUUGCAUCUGGACACACCAACAGGCCGAUUGCUUCUUCUACUAUUCAGUCGAUGUAAUAGGAAGACUUGCUGUCUAUGAUAUGGAAAGGCCUGUCGAAGUGCAGAUAAAAGAGGCAGAAUGUAUCGGAAGCGAACUCGAGAAGGAACUGGAAGCGAAACGACAGGAACUAGCAGAAUUGUCUGCUGAACAUGAUGAAUUGACCAAGAAAGAAGAGGAUUACAAUGCCCUUCUCGCUCGCUUCGAUCCUUCAGAAAUAGAGGAAGCAAAAGCUCUACUUGAAGAGUAUAGUAAUGUGAGAGAACGAGAAAAGAACUUGAAAUCAUCUUCGAAAGCUCAGUUGGCCAAACUGGUCGAAGAAAUUCAAGCGAUUGAGGAUAUGGGUGGUCAAGCGAGUCAACAUGAACUACAAGAGAGUGAGGAGACCUUAGCACAAGAGCGCCUACGUUUGGCAGAAGUUGUUCAACGUGUUGCAGCUCUACAGAGUGAGCUAGAUAACGUUCCUUCACAGACUGAAAUGUUCCAGUAUCAACAGCGAUUCAUAGAGUUAUACAUGCAGAUGGGUAGCAAGCACAGGCAAGCUCGACAGUAUGUGACACUUUACAAUACACUUGUUGAUGUACGAAAUUUUAUCAAGAAAGACAUAGAGCUACUCUCGAAAAUUGAAGAUGUUCUGCCUAUGGCCACUCAAGCAGCGUAUCGAGAUUCUUUCAUAAGUAAUUUGAACGAUAUUUUACAUGUCAUUACUGCUGCUCAGAAGAAGGUGGUAGAUCGUACGACAUCGCUUUCAUCUGAGAAAGCACGAUUGACGUCAGAAUACAACGAACUGAAAGAGCGUAGUCGGAAAUUCAAUUACCUUGUCACCAAACUUCGAGCUGAAUGCGAAAAGAACGAAAGAUUGCAAAGGGAGCUGUCGAAAAGGGACAACUAAUGAUAUAUACAUUGUUCUAUACACAUUGUGAUAUGUUUCGUGAUUUAUCGAAUAAACAUUAGAAAGUACGGCGAAAAGAUAAUAAACAUUAGAAAAUGUGGC